AUUCAAGUUGUCAAUCAGAAACAUGUUUUUAUUUUUUCUAAGUUGCUUUGCAGAAUACGAAAUUCUGCCUACAAAAUUAAAUAUAAAAUCAAAUUUCCUAAAUCAAAAUAAUCAUAUCAUAUUCUAAAAGGAGAAUAAGGAAAUUUCAACAAAAUAUGCUUUACAAAGUAUCAAAGCGAACAUUUUCAUCAAUUAAAAAUUAUUUUUAUACAACGACUCCAAUAUUUUAUGUAAAUGCUGCUCCACAUAUUGGACAUCUAUACUCUGUUGUUCUAUCUGAUGCGAUUGCACGUUAUGAAAAGUUGAAAAAUCCCGAUACUUAUAUUAAAUUUUCUACUGGUACUGAUGAACAUGGAACCAAAAUACAGCACGCCGCUACAAAUCACAAGAUUUCACCACAAGAAUACUGUGACGAUAUUUCACAAAAGUAUAAAAGCACUUUCAAGUUGGCAAAUAUAAAUUAUUCGGACUUUAUUAGAACAACUGAAAGUCGUCAUAUAGAAUCAGUACAAAGUUUUUGGAACGUCCUUAGAUCAAAAAAUGUAAUAUAUUCGGACCAGUAUUGCGGAUGGUACUGCGUUUCCGACGAAACUUUUUUAACUGAUUCACAAAUGAAAAUAAAUAGCGAUGGUAGUCGUAUUUCGAUAGAAUCUGGUCAUCCUUGUGAGUGGACUGAAGAAUCCAACUACAUGUUUAUGUUAAGUAAAUUUCAAGAGGAUGUAGUUCAUUGGAUAAAAUCGGGCAAUAAAAUCAAACCCGAAAAAUUUGAAAAAAUACUUUUAGAUUAUUUAACGGAACCGUUACCAGAUUUAUCAAUUUCAAGGCCUACAUCGAGAGUACAUUGGGGUAUAACUGUACCUGAAGAUGACAGUCAAACUAUAUACGUAUGGUUAGACGCAUUGGUAAACUAUUUAACAUGUAUAGGAUAUCCAGCAAAAAAUUUUGAAAACCAUUGGCCACCUAAUGUUCAAGUUAUAGGAAAAGAUAUUUUAAAGUUUCACGGAAUCUAUUGGCCAGCAUUUUUGAUUGCUGCAGGAUUAGAUCCGCCGAAUCAACUUUUUGUCCAUUCGCACUGGACUGUAGAUGGUCAAAAAAUGUCAAAAAGUAAAUUUAACGUGGUCGAUCCUGUAGAAAGGUCACAAUAUUAUACAAUGGAAGGAAUAAGAUAUUUUCUACUACGUGAAGGAGUAGCUCAUAGUGAUGGAAAUUACAGUGAUACCAAAUUGCAUCGAAUAUUAAAUUCUGAAUUAGCAGAUACUCUUGGCAAUCUUUUAUCAAGGGCAUGUGCAAAGUCAUUAAACCCAAAACAAAUAUAUCCAAAAAUCGAUGAGAAAGCUUUUAAAGACUUAAUACGAUUAAAUUUUACGAGAAACUUAGUCGAAUCUGUCGUUUUUCUGCCGCAAAAAUGUUUUAGUAAUUAUGAAUCGUAUAAUUUUUAUUUAGUUAUAGAUGAAAUAAUUUCAGCUUUACAUGUAGCUAAUAAUUUCUUUGAAAAUUGCAAACCAUGGGAAUUGAAGAAAGAUUUUUCACAUUACAAUGCUUUAAAAUUGGAAACAAUAAUUGCAUUAACUAUGGAUGUUUUAAGAAUUUCUGGAAUUUUACUGCAGCCUAUUAUACCAGAUAUGAGUGAAAAACUAUUGAAUAAAUUAUCUGUUCCAUUCAAUAGUCGCUCUUGGAAAGAUACUUUACAUUUAUCACAAAACAACAAAGAUAAUAUACCAAGUUGUGAAUCUUAUGUUACCAAUCGAGAAAAAAAAUAUCCAAACAUUGAAAAAAAAUUAUCAGAAUUAGAUGCAGUUUUGUUUAAAAGGAUUUUAAUCAAAAACAAAGAUAAUGACAAGAAAGAUAUUAUAAAAAAUAAAAUUAAGAAAGUAAAUUUUAGUAAUAAAGUUGUUGAGAAUUCCUAA